ACUUCCGCCACCAAGCAUCCCCAGUUAGCCCAGGGACUAGCUUCCAGCUAAGCGCUGCGGUGUCUGUCAUCCCCGAGCAGCGGAAGGCAGCCCGGGUCUGUAGAGACGAAGAGCCCCGCUGAGCCCCGCAGCGCCAUCAUGGACCUGACCGGGACAAGCAGCAGAGCUGACGGGGAGGCGCUGGAGCUGGAGCCCGAGGAGGAGCUCCUGUGCUCGGUCAGCGACAUCACGGAGCACCUGAAGAGGAACAUGGCGGUGGUUCUGGAGGCCGCCCAGGUGGAGAUCCGGAGGGUGGUCGCUGUCCGGAUUCAGGUCCUGAAAAUGGAGCUGCGCGAUAAAAACAGGGAAAUAGAGAAGCUGAAGGCCGAGCUGGAGGCGGCCCAGGCGGAUGGGAGAGACCCGGAGCCCUCCUCAGAACCCGGACCCAUCAAAUUCCCCUUCAGUCCUGGAUCCAAGCAGAGCAGCCUGGAUCCCCGGAGGUCCAAGCCGCUCCUCCCGGAGGUGAAGAGGGAGAACAUCGAUGCCAUCUGCGGCUACCUGAUGAAGGACAAGAACUCCAGGGCUGGAGGGGACAUGGACCCGGAGCUGCUGGGCCAGGAGCAGGACAUCCACUCCCCGAAGCUGUGGUCCGACAGCCGGACGGAGGCUCCCCGGUCUGUACCGGGAGACCCGGACUCCACCUCAGACUACAUGUUCAGCAGCAGGAGGAUGUUCGACUUUGACUGGACCGGACCCGGACCCUUCUCCUCCCAGCUCAGAGACAUGAAGCCGCCUGAAGGUGAAAACUCGCAGAGCGCUGAGCUGGAGGAUGAGGAGGGUGAGGAAGAGCUGUGCAGGAGGGUGGAAGGAGGGGGGAGGAAGAUCUCUGAGGGCCCCAGCAGAGAGCAGAGCUCCCCAGGGAUGGAGGAGAGCGCCUCAGAGGGCCACCUGGACGCACCUGAGACAGGUCACCCCUACAUCUGCUCGCUGUGUGGAACCUUCUGCCCAGACUCCGUGUUUCUGGAGGAUCAUAUUAAACUGAUGCACCAAGACGCCGAUGAAGCCCAGGCCCCCAGGGGCCCCCAGUUCCUGUCAUUCGCCGAGCCUGCGGUGGAGGACGGCAGCGGGGACCCUGCAGGGAUCAGGAUGAGUGAGGUCAGCCCGGGGUUCAGCGCCGCUGCCAGCAGGGGUCCCGGUGUGAAGAAGGAGAUCAAAACGGAGGGCGGUUACCAAUGCGGGGACUGCGGCCGCCAUUUUAACUACCUGGGCAACCUGCGGCAGCACCAGCGCAUCCACACCGGAGAGAAACCGUUCGCCUGUCCGGAAUGUGGCGAGAGGUUUCGCCACGCUGCCCGCUUGAAAAGUCACAGGCUGGUCCACAGCGGCGCCCAGAGCCCCUUCCCCUGUCCGCAGUGUGGGAAAGGUUUCUCCGUGCUCUCCGGCCUCAAAAGGCACCAGCGGGUGCACACCGGGGAGAGUCCGUACGCCUGUCCCGAGUGCGGCCGCUGCUUUAAGGAGCUGGGGAACCUGUACACCCACCAGCGGAUCCAUAGCGGAGCCACACCCUACUGCUGCCAGCAGUGCGGACGCUGCUUCCGCCAUCUAGGGACGUAUAAGAGUCACCGCUGCUCCUCGGUGCCGUAGCCGCCGCUCCAGGACACCGGUCGGAACUUCAAGCCGUGGGAUGCUCUCCGUGGAAGCGAUCCAGAGGUGAUGGUGGAGCGAAGCGUCCUGCAGACAUUAAAGACUUCCUGGGUUCCUUCCUUUAUAGACGGGAGAAGUUCUGAAUGCUGAGAGGUUUCCGUCUGUGAUUAUGUUGGGAAUCUUUUAUUUAUGAUCUGUGUGAAAGAGCUAAUUUUAUGGAGGAAAUGCUAAUAAAUGUUUGAACCGGCCUUAGA